CCUCAGGGGCCCGCGCUCCUUCUCCUCAGGGGCCCGCGCUCCUUCUCCUCAGGGACCCGGGGCGGCCUCCCCCGGGGCGGCAGCGGUGUUCUGCCGGUGAGGGAAGGAUUGACCCAAGGACCAUUUCAUCCUGCAACAAUCAGUUAGCAAGAUCUGCACAGACUUGUUCCUAAGGGGAAACAUGUGUGAGAUUGACUAUGAGAAGUUAGCUGAAAUAGAACUGCAGAAGGAUGAAGUGGAAGAUACACAGUCAGAACAGGAAGAAACAUUUAUGCCUCCACCACUUGAGGAUCCUGAGCUAAAUAUCAAUCACCCCUACUAUGAUGUUGCGAGACAUGGCAUCAUCCAGUUAGCAGGUGAUGACAAUUCUGGAAGGAAGGUGAUUACCUUCAGUUGCUGCCGUAUGCCCCCCUCCCAUCAGCUCAAUCACACCAGAUUGCUGGAGUACUUAAAGUAUACUCUGGACCAGUACGUAGAGAAUGAUUAUACGGUUGUCUACUUUCACUAUGGCCUGAAGAGUCUGAAUAAACCAUCUCUGAAAUGGUUACAAACAGCCUACAAAGAAUUUGACAGGAAGUAUAAGAAAAACCUUAAAGCGCUUUAUGUUGUACAUCCAACCAACUUCAUAAAAGUUCUGUGGAAUAUCUUUAAACCUCUCAUAAGCCAUAAGUUUGGGAAAAAAAUCACCUACUUGAACUAUUUAAGUGACCUGAGAGAGCAUCUCAAAUACGACCAGCUAAAUAUCCCUCAAGAAGUCAUCCGGCAUGAUGAAAAUCUUCGGGGGAAACAGAAGGGAAAACCACCACCUGUGGUUAAGGUUCCUCCACCACGGCCACCUCUACCUACCCAGCAAUUUGGAGUCAGCCUACAAUAUAUCAAGGACAAAAAUAAAGGUGAACUAAUCCCUCCAGUAGUGAAGGAAACUGUAUCCUACCUAAAAAGAAAAGGACUACAAGUAGAGGGCCUCUUCAGAAGGUCAGCCAGCAUCCAGACUAUCAAAGAUGUUCAGAAACUCUACAAUCAGGGCAAGUCUGUGAAUUUUGAUGAUUAUCAUGAUAUCCAUAUUCCUGCUGUUAUCCUAAAGACUUUCCUUAGGGAACUCCCUCAGCCAUUACUAACAUUUGAGUGUUAUGAUCAUAUCCUUGGAAUCACCAGUGUGGAGAGCAGUUUACGAGUCACCAGAUGUAAACAAAUCAUUCAAGGACUUCCUGAACACAAUUACGUUGUUCUGAAAUAUCUGAUAUGCUUUCUCCAUAUGGUUUCACAGGAGAGCAUAUAUAACAGAAUGACAGCAUCCAGCCUGGCCUGUGUCUUUGGUUUGAAUUUGAGCUGGCCGUCAAAAGGAACAGCCUCCCUGAGUGCUCUGGUACCUCUGAAUCUCUUCACUGAACUACUGAUAGAUUUCUACACAAAUAUAUUCAACUCCCGAACAGUGCCUGGGGAGAUCUUACCUUAAUGGUCCCAGAAAGGAAAAUGGAGUAUGGCUGCCUGAGGGAAAGGUCUCUGUGCCUCAACUGGUGGGAGCUUUAUAUUCGGGGCUUUCUCCUGCAAAGAAAACUUUCAAAACAGAGUAAAGUUUCUAUAGCUUUCCAAAUACCAAAGAUGUUGGGAGGAGCACACUGCCCCAUAUAUUCUCAUCACAUGGGGGAGAAUAUGUACGUGAACAUUCAAAGACCAAUAGGUCAAAGUGAAUUCCCUUAUGAAACUUGAGCAGCUGACAAAAACUGGUAUGUUAAAAAAAAAUCAUGACACUACGUGCCAGUCUGUCAUUUCUUUGGGGAUCUGGAGACCUUACUAUGUGGCAUUAUUUUCUGCAUGGGCAGAGCUAAGUUCUGGACCACUCCUGAAUGUGCAGCUUUCUUCUUUUUUUUUUUUUUUAUUAUUUGAAUGCAAGUUUGUUAGAAAUUUGCCUAUUAAGUUAAUAAAGAUGGAAUCAAUUUUUAAGAUAUUAAAA